UCUUGUUUUACUAAAAUAAUCUAACAAUGAGUGUCUCAGAGAGUGUCACAAAGUGCGUGGCCAUACUAAAAGCAGUGGACACAGACUCUGAGAAGUUUGCUGCACUGUUCAUGGUCACCAAACUUGUAAAUGGCAAAGAUUGUACGCCAGCUGCCAAGAAGAUGCUUUUUGAAGCCAUUGGAGCUAAAUUCCUCAGGAAGUUGCUGUCUGCCAAAAGUGAUUGUCCACUGCAGGUGGACUACAAAUCAGUGGCGUUGUCAAUUCUUUCCGCAUUUUGCAGAGAACCCGAGCUAGCUUCUCAUCCAGACAUGGUAGGACAUAUUUCAGCGCUCCUGGAAAUAGUGUCUCAGGCUGAUGAGGAUGCACCAGAUGACACAUUAAUAAUUGUCAGUGAAGCUUACAGCUGCUUGCAAUGUAUCGCCCAACAUCCUCCUGGACAGAAGGCAUUGCUUGAGCAGAGAGCAGUUCCAAAGAUGUGCGAUAUAUAUGCAGAGAAAAGCUUUCAAACAGAUGAGGCUUUGAAUAUUCUAGUCACAUUGGUCAGUAGAUUUGGAUCAGAAGCUUGGGAUCCGACGGACAUCGCUCCUUUCCACGCAAUAAUCAACAAAAUAGCCUUGGACUUUGAAACUGAUCACACAGAGAGAAAAUUCGAGCUAUGCGCUAUUCUACAAGCUUUGUUACAAUCUUGUAGAAAGGAUGUGAUAUCUACAACCGUGAAGGAUGAAUCUUGGCCGUUGAGCAUUCACAAGGGUUUGAGCGAUAUUCUAGGAUCGAAGAUAGGCAAGAAGCAGCGAGAUCCAGCUUUGAAGUUCGCGUCUGUAACAUUAGAUUUGCUGGGGGCGGAAUGGGCCAUAUCUGAUAAGGAAAAAUCAAAAAUAUUCUUUUUAUUGCUCAUUCAAUUAGCGGCGAUCGAAGUCAGAAUGCAAUUGGAGGACAAGCAACUCAAAACUAUACUUGCCAACGCCGACUUGGUCACUGCUUGCUUUAUUAUUCUCGAGGUUUCAAUCAGCUACAUUGUUACAGAUCAGCUAGAUUUAGAGCAGAAGGAGAAACAAUCUUUAUACACAGCUCUAAAAGGUUCUUUCGCGGCUAUCAUUGGUUUGUUGAGCUCUGUAUCAAAGAUGAAAACAUUGGUGGAUGUGAAGGAAAAAAUGUUUGUAUGCGCCGUUGUAAGAGUGCUUACAGCUUGGCUAGCGCAAGAAACAAGCGCCAUGCGCCCUCAAGUUUACGCCGUAUUGCCGUAUGUGUUGACAGUGGCCAACGACACCUUUUACGCACAUCGAAAUAGGAAAUUGGCUGAGAAGGCCAAGUCCAAAGCUAAAGCGGAUGAAGGAACGUCGUUCGGAGAACCGAGCGUUCACGAUCCGAUGAGCGAGAUUGAUAUAUUGAGAUUAUUGUUACCCGCGCUAUGUUAUUUGGCCGUGGAAGAGGCUGCUAGGAAAAUUCUCCUUCAACACAAGCAAGACGAGGUUCUGUUCGAGUGUCUGUCCUAUCACUGGACAAUCGUGCACUACAAGAGGCCGCCGGUACCAAGAUCGGAACGUUUGAAAGUUCUUCAGGAUGGCAAUCGCGUGGAGGAGCUGGAUCUGCAUCUUCUGGAAGAAAUGAAAGAUUCUAGAACCGCAAUGGUAUCUGUCUGCAAUGUUUUGAUGAAUAUCACCGUGCUGGAGACGAAGCUGGUGGAGGAAUCGCCGACGUUCAUCUCAUUGCUGAAGUUCAUCUACAAUAAUUUGCCAGAGCUGAAACAGAUUCCGGAAAAUCUGGUGUUGCACGGUCACCUGGCCGUUUUGGGCUUGUUGCUGAUGAAGCAACAGGCAAAACGCAUAAAGAAGAACGAUUUCUCGAUAUGUCGAUACAUCCAAGCUACGAUAAGGUUUCUGUGGGACGCGUACAUUAUCGACGAGAGCAACGAUCCUACUGAGCUGGUAGUUUCCAUGUCCUACAAGGAACACUGGAUGGAACUGAUGGAACUCUGGUUCCUGGGUAUGCAGACGAUGGCUGGUGUACUGCUAGUGAUACCCUGGCUGUCGCAAUUUACGGUAGAAUCUGGUUGGGUGGAGGAGAUCAUCGAGACGUUGAAGCGAGUAAAGAUUGGUGGCUUGGAGCCGAACGUCAAGUCCGCCUUCGAAGAUUUGCUGUGUCACUUGGUGAAGGCCGACGACAGUGUCGCAUCGGUGCUGAAGAAACACGGCGCGUUGACCGUCUGUCGAAAUCAUCGUAUGAUGGAACUUGGAAAGCGUCUCUUUGGCGAUUAGAGACGAAAAAAUAUUACGGUGUAGCUUUUGGCUUUUGUUUUGUGCAAACAAUAUUAAGAAACAAAAACUAAGCAAAAUUUCUUAUAGAAUUAAUUAUUCUUGUAAAAUUAACAAUAGAGAGAAUUAAUCGAUUUUUGAGGGAAGCAUCAAUUGAACUUUUUUUAUACAUGAAAAAAGCUUUCGUAGUAUUUUGCGAAUUGAAUUUAUUAUUGUACGUGUUCUCUGCGUUGUAUGAUAUUCGAAAGGCGUAUGCGCGGUUAGUCCAGUGUAAAUUUAGACUACAUCACAUCUGGAAAUAGUUUUCUGGCAAACAGGAAAGCUAAGAGCGUCUCGCUUGGAAGAGA